AUGUUCAGCUGGAUCAGUGGAAACGAUUCUAAACAUGCCCUGGAUCAGUUCGACACUGUUAUAGCAGGUUUGAAGACGAUUUACAGGCAAAAGCUGCUACCUUUGGAAUCAGCGUAUCAUUUCCAUGAUUUUCAUUCGCCUCAACUCGAUGAUCCGGAUUUCGAUGCAAAACCCAUGAUAUUACUCGUUGGUCAGUACUCUACCGGUAAAACUACGUUUAUAAAAUACCUUCUCGAAAGAGAUUUUCCUGGUAUUCGAAUCGGACCGGAACCAACCACUGAUCGAUUUAUUGCCGUCAUGUAUGGCGAGAAAGAGGGCAUGAUUCCCGGAAAUGCUUUAGUCGUCGAUCCCGAAAAACAGUUCAGGCCUCUAUCGAAAUUUGGAAACUCGUUUCUGAAUCGCCUUCAGUGCUCGUUGGUCGAGUCGCCCGUUUUGAAAGGAAUUUCUAUCGUUGAUACGCCCGGUAUAUUGUCUGGAGAAAAGCAACGAGUCGAUCGAGGAUAUGAUUUUACCGGAGUAUUAGAAUGGUUCGCCGAACGAGUAGAUAGAAUAAUUUUACUAUUCGAUGCUCAUAAGUUGGAUAUAUCGGAUGAAUUUCAAAGAUCUAUCGAAGCUCUUAGAGGACACGACGAUAAAAUUCGAAUCGUACUUAAUAAAGCUGACAUGGUUGAUCAUCAACAGUUGAUGCGAGUUUACGGUGCACUUAUGUGGUCAUUAGGAAAAGUUUUACAAACACCGGAAGUAGCACGUGUUUAUAUCGGAUCGUUUUGGGAUCAACCACUGCGCUAUGAUGUCAACAGAAGAUUAUUCGAAGAUGAAGAGCAAGAUUUAUUUAAAGAUUUACAAUCACUGCCAAGAAAUGCAGCACUUAGAAAAUUGAACGAUUUAAUCAAGAGAGCCAGAUUAGCUAAGGUACACGCCUAUAUUAUCAGUUCCUUAAGAAAAGAUAUGCCUUCGAUGUUCGGUAAAGAUGGCAAGAAAAAAGAAUUGAUCAAGAACUUGAACGUAAUUUACGAAAAUAUUCAGCGCGAGCAUCAUAUAUCUCCCGGUGAUUUUCCAGAUGUGAAAAAAAUGCAGGAUGCAUUGCAGUUUCAAGAUUUCACGAAGUUCCAGUUGAUAAAACCACAUUUAUUGGAAGUGGUUGAUAAAAUGCUGGCCGAAGAUAUUGCUCGAUUAAUGGCAUUGAUUCCUUUAGAAGAAAAGAAUGCGACGACUUCAGAGCCUAUUGUUAAAGGAGGCGCAUUCCAAGGAGUACAGGACACGAUUAGUCCAUUUGGGUAUAAACGAGGCGAAGGCACGGAUGCUGGUAAAGGCGAACCAGAAUGGAUUGUAGGCAAAGAACGACAUAAGUACGAUUCACUAUUUGAAACGUUGAAUCCUAUCGAAGGAAAAGUGACAGGCACAAAUGCCAAAGCUGAAAUGGUCAAGUCGAAACUGCCAAAUACAGUUUUAGGUAAAAUUUGGAAGCUAUCCGAUGUCGAUAAAGACGGUCUUUUGGAUGCCGAUGAAUUUGCUUUGGCAAUGUAUCUCAUGGAAAUUAAGUUACAAGGUCACGAUUUACCUACCGAACUCCCGGAACAUCUAAUCCCACCUUCGAAAAAAGAUUUAUAAUCGGUAUUUCUAGUAAUGAUUAUCAUUAGUGGGCCAAUUUUUAUGAAUUUAUAUAAAUUAACUCGUUAUUUAUUUGAAAAUUUUCAACUUUUUUCAGUGUAAUAUUUUAUGAAACAUUUUUUGGCUGUGAUAAGUUAAAGCAUGAAUGAAAAAAAAAAAAAGUUGAAAAAUUGUUCCGAUAUCAUUUAUUUAUUACUCAACCAAAUACGUAUUAUGUUUCAACUCUUUUGUUAUUUCGUGCGUUUUAUAUUUAUGUACUUUUACUUCAAACCAAAAAUUCAAGAGCUUAUUUUGAGCUUCUAUUUUAUACAACUCACGUUGUUCUAUUAUUCUUAAAUCGUUGUACAGUUUAUAAUUUAAUUCGUUUUUUCGUUUUAAAUUCGAUUGAUAUUCGACGUAAUAUAAUACAAUGCACAAAUGUUUUAUUUCUGUUUGUAUUACUUAUAAUCAUUUUGUUAAUCAAUCUUUCGAGAAAAAAAGUACACUGAUACCUACUUGCUGCAAUUUUUCAAAUUCAUGGAAUUGUAUUUACCAUAUUAUUUCCUCGCUUUUAAAACUGCAAUUCUUGAAAAACAAAAAAAAAAAAAAAAAAAAAAAAAAGGAAAGUCUCUAACGUAAUAAUUAUAAGUAUUUUCAUGUUUUUAUAAAUAAAAUUUGUUUAAAAAAAUUUGUAGUUGUAGACGCGAGGCUAAGUAGAAAAAAAAUCAAGAAGUUUAAGUGUGAUUAAAAAAGAGAAUUGGUUUUGAAAAUUUUCGAACAAAAUUUUUUCUUGCGACAAAAUGAUUGGCAACGUUGAGUUUUUGCGCGGGGGUUCAUUACUCUAAUAUUGGUUUGAAUUUUUUGGCCAAAGAAAAUACGUAUGUAUUCGAAAUAUUUUCAAUUUUGUUCCUAUCUUGUGGUCGUCGAGUCUCAAGUCAAGAGCAAUGUAGGUUAAGGCGGGCCUCCCCCUCCCACUCCCCUCCCCCCUUAAAAAAGGACCGUUGAUUUUGACCAAAUUCAGCAGAAACCUUCACUUUCAGUUGAAAGUCGCUGAGAAAACAUUCUAGCUCCUCUGAAGGUGCCAAGCUUGGAGAGGAGAAAUAAACUCUCGAAGAAAGAGCAUUUUCAAAAAAAAAAUCGUGUUUUUUCACUCUUGUCGCUACUCAACCCGAUUAUCCGUCUUUUAAAAUUUUUUUUUUCUAGAAUAUUUUGCAUUUAUCAUGCCAAAACAUCGAAAGGUAUCAUUUCUGGGAAAAUAUUUUGGAACGGAGUGAUGCCAAUUUCCAAAAUUGAAGAAAAAUAUCCAAAAAUGUGAAAAGAACAAAAUUUUUAAAACAUGGCUUUAACAAAAAAUAGACGAUUUGGUAAUUUUCAAUUGCUCAGUAGAACCCUAAAAAUAUCAAAACAAGUUGCUGGGUAGUAACAGGAGGGAAAAGAUCACGAUGAAAAAUUUUUUUUUCAAAUUCAUUUUUUUAUUUAUUUGCUUUGAAAAAGUGCUUUUGACCAAUGUUUUUCAUCAAUGUUUUUGAACCAUUUUUUGAAAAAAAAAAUCUCAUAAUAUUCGUGUUUUUGUCGGAAAUUCCACAUUUUGAACUUUUUUUAAAUUUUCAUUUUCCAAUACGAUUUUUUUCGAAAGUUUCACUUUUUUGUAAUUCCGCCAAUUGGGCAAGACGCCCUAUCACACUCUUCAAAGCAAUUCAAUAUAUUUUAAAGCAUU